GUGCGCGAGAGAGAGAAAAGAAAGGAGAGAAGAGAGGAGAGAGAUGGGUAUCUCAGCAAAGGCAAAGAGCGGCGGUGACGGCUGGGGUUUAGGGUUUCUCUUAAUUUUCUUCCCUGAAGAAGACAACGACGAUGACAAAUAUGUCGACAAGAGGCGGCGGCUUUCAUGCUCAUCUUCUUCGUCUUCAUCGUCUUCUAGGUCAACAACUAGCAGAAGCAGUAGAACCAACCUUCUCAUCAGUAGAGCCCAAUCUACCUUCUCCAUUUGUGUUCUAAUCCUCUUCUUUACUGUUCUUCUCUUCACUCUCUGUACUUUCGAACCCACCUCCACCAUCUCCGCAUUUCCACGAAGGUGGCUCUCCGAGGACUCGAGAAGCUUCAGAAUCAAGUCCAAAAGAAUUUCUUCUAGUUCCUCGAAAUGGGUUUCGAGAAUUUGGGAGAAAAACGGUAAUCCAAGAACAAUUUCAAAUGCUGCUUUGCAGGGGAUGGGUACUCUGUUCAGGAGAGGAACCAGAGCCAUGAGUGACCUUGUUGUAGCUCAUUUAGAUGAGGACACUACAGACGCUGAGCUUCGCUUGUUCCUCAGAACUCUACAUCGAUCUGGUAUUACUGCGAGAUCAGAUGUUGUGUUCAUCUUCCCAUCUGCAAUCUCUUCAAAUACCACUUCUGUAAUUCAGGAAGAAAACGAUUCCUUCUUGAAACUCGUUCACCUUCACAGAGAAAACAACAAUUCCACUAGCUUGGACACAGGUUUCGACGUGAAACACUUCGUGAAAUCAGGUUCAGGUAAGCGACAGGAGCAGCAACCAUUGUGGGGUAAGCGAAUUCAUGGAAAUUGGAGCGAAACAGGAGAUGGCGGAGAAGACGAGUUCACUGAGUUGAGGUGGGGCUCGGUUUUGGGUUUCGAGGCUACAGAACUUGACCCGGAGAACUCGCUCGCCGGGUUUUUAGAUCAUGUCACAAUGAGCCUGAGGAGGUGGGCUACCUAUCCAAUGCUUCUCGGUCGAGUUCGGCACAACUUCAAGCACUUUAUGUUGGUGGACGUCAAGAACGUGGUGGUGCUCGGAGAUGCACUCGCCCGAGUCAGGAGUAGUAGCGCCGAGUCAGUGUAUUUAUGGACGACGACAGAGACUGCGCAUGGAGGCCAUGGCCGGAGAAACUCGGGUAAAACUCAGUCUCGCAACCCGAACGUGUCAAAACCAUUGAAUCCGGCAGCCAUCUUAGGCGGAGCUCGUGGAGUAAGAAGAUUAUCGAACUCAGUAUUGACGGAGAUCGUUAGAUCUACAAUUCAACACAAAAGCAAAAUCAAGUGGAAGACUAAAGUAUCCGAGUCUGCAAUCUUGAACCAACUCGUUCUGAACGGUUCAUUGUUGAAGAAUAUAGAGGUAAUCACGGCAACCGAGUCAAUUCCCGAUCCAAGUUCGUUAGUGAAUCGAAACACUAAUUCAUCUUCGUCAUCAACAUCAUCGAAUUACCUUUUAGUUCAUCGUGGGAAUAAUAAUCUUUUCAAUCUUCAUUCAAUUCUUCAUAAAGAAAUAUGCUCAUUCGUUGAAGACUCUUCUGUUUAUAGAGAUUGUAAACAGUAAAUACAAAUUUUUUUUAAGAACUUUA